UUCAGGAUCUCUCUCACACACACCUCUGCGAGACAGAUCGCCGCAGUCGUGACGUCAUAGAGGACACGUAACGGGACUGCCCGAGUCUGACUGGAGGAGCACACAGACCGGCUUAACGGGGACAGAGCAGCAGGACACUCUCACCGGAUACUGCCUACACACACAAGGCCUGAAACUAUUGAUUCCUGCUCAGUGUUGACACAGAAGACCAAAUAUAGAAAUGGUGUUCAGAGGCAUAAUAACAGAUGCUCCAGACUUUGAUCCCUCCACUGACGCGGAGACCCUUUACAAUGCUAUGAAAGGCAUGGGUAGCGAUAAAGAAGCCAUAUUGGACCUGGUCACUUCAAGGAGCAAUGUACAGAGGCAGGAAAUCAUUGCAGCGUACAAAUGCAACUUUGGACAGGACCUAAUUGAAGAUCUGAAAUAUGAGCUGACGGGCAAAUUUGAGCGCCUCAUUGUCAGCCUGAUGAGAACCCCAGCCUACCAUGAUGCCAAAGAAAUCAAUGAUGCAGUCAAAGGAGCUGGAACCAACGAGAAAGUCCUUAUUGAAGUCAUGGCAUCCAGAAACAACCAACAGAUUCAAGACAUGGUUGCAGCGUACAAGGAUGCCUAUGGCAGUGACAUUGAGGAGGAUAUAAUCGCAGACACCUCCGGUCACUUUAAGAAGACACUGAUUGUUUUACUUCAGGGGACCAGAGAUGAGUCAGGAGUGGUGGAUGCAGAUCUGGUGGAGCAAGAUGCACAAGAUCUGUAUGCAGCCGGAGAAGAGCAGUGGGGGACGGACGAGGCCAAAUUCAUCAUGAUUCUUGGAAACCGCAGCAAGACCCACCUUCACAUGGUUUUCGAUGCAUACGAGAAGAUUGGAGAGACGACCAUAGAGGACAGCAUAAAGAAUGAGUUGUCUGGGGACUUUGAGAGGCUAAUGCUGGCUGUUGUCCAGUGCAUAAGGAACGUUCCCAUGUUCUAUGCAAAGCGCCUCUACAAGUCAAUGAAGGGUCUCGGUACAGCUGACAACACCCUGAUCAGGAUCAUGAUUUCUCGCUCUGAAAUAGACAUGUUGGACAUUCGGGAGUGUUUCCGUUUAUUGUAUGAGAAGUCACUUUAUAACAUGAUUAAGGAUGACACAUCGGGGGAUUACAAGAGGACUUUGCUUAAUCUGUGUGGAGGAGAUGAUGAUUUAGCUGGAGAGUUCUUCCCUGAAGCUGCUCAGAUAGCCUACAAGAUGUGGGAAACAAGUGCCAUGACCAAAGUCCAGCUGAGGCCAACACUCCGUCCUGCUCACGAUUUUGACCCAGCUGCUGAUGCACAAGCGCUGAGGAAAGCAAUGAAGGGAUUCGGAACAGAUGAAGAUGCAAUCAUUGAAAUUAUUGCACAUAGAAGCAAUGCUCAGAGGCAAGAGAUCAGACAAACAUUCAAAUCCCUCCUGGGAAGGGAUCUGAUGAAGGACUUGAAGUCUGAGCUAUCAAAGAACCUCGAGAGGCUGAUCAUUGGGCUCAUGUUGACCCCUGCAGAGUUUGAUGCCAAAAUGAUGAAGAAGGCAAUGGAGGGGGCUGGGACAGAUGAGCACGCCCUGAUCGAGAUCCUGGUCACCAGGAGCAGUGAGCAAAUACUUGACAUGAACGCUGCUUAUCAGGCUGGCUAUACAAAGUCUAUGGAGGAAGCCAUUAAUUCAGACACAUCAGGCCUCUUCUGCCGAAUCCUUGUUUCUCUUGCGCAGGGUGCAAGAGAGGAGGAACCUGCCAAUGAGGAAAGAGCUAAUGCAGAUGCUCAGGAACUUGCCGAUGCAUGCAACGCUGACUCUGAUGACAUGGAGAACAAGUUCAUGAGCAUUCUGUGCACCAGAAGCUUUCCCCAUCUCAGAAGAGUUUUCCAGGAGUUUGUCAGAUACUCCAACAAGGACAUUGAACAGAUUAUCAAGAAGGAGAUGUCAGGAGAUGUCAAAAAUGCCUUUUAUGCAAUAGUUCGCAGCGUAAAGAACCAGCCCUCUUAUUUUGCGGACCGUCUGUACAAAGCCAUGAAGGGCCUCGGCACAGACGACAGAGCGUUGAUCCGCAUCAUGGUGUCCCGCAGUGAGAUCGACCUGUUCAACAUUCGCAAAGAGUUCAAGGAAACACAUGAUGUUUCCCUCCAUGAAUUCAUCCAGGUAGAAACUAUGAUCGGUGAUACCUCAGGAGACUACCGUAAAACCCUGCAGUUGCUGUGUGGAGGGGAGGAUUAAACUGGCCAAGUGUCUGCAGCUCCAUUCACAGACUUCAGAGAAAGAACACAUUCAGACAAGCCCGAUCUCAGAGUUAAACUGCGGUGGUUAAUGUCAGUACCUGUUGCCAGUGUCCCAUAUAUACUGCUGCAACUCCUCAGCCAACCAAGUGACCUAUGAGCUCUCCGCCUUGCAAGACAGUUUUCUCUCUCAUGUCUGAUCGUCCUCUCCCUCCGGAUGAUGUCUUCCUUUUUUUUUUUACAGUCAUAUGUAACAUGAGAGUGUUCACGGUGGGGUAUAAAUAGAGGACAUUGGGAAAUUAGCAAAUCAAAUAGUGCCUUCAGAUCCAGGCCUUCCAAUGAUUACUGUGAUUUAAAGAUAUCAUAGACCUUAAUAAAAUGAUGAAAAACACAAAAAUAA